CCGUGGCCCACCGCCCGCCGUCCGCCGCCCGCCGCCCCCUGCCCGCGCGGGGAACCAUGGAGGGAGUGAGCGCGCUACUGGCCCGCUGCCCCACGGCGGGCCUGGCCGGCGGCCUGGGGGUCACGGCGUGCGCCGCGGCCGGCGUGCUGCUCUACCGGAUCGCGCGGAGGAUGAAGCCGACGCACACCGUUGUCAACUGCUGGUUCUGCAACCAGGACACAGUCGUGCCCUACGGGAACCGCAACUGCUGGGACUGUCCGCACUGUGAGCAGUACAACGGCUUCCAGGAGAAUGGCGACUACAACAAGCCCAUCCCCGCCCAGUACUUGGAGCACCUGAACCACGUGGUGAGCGGCGCGCCCCGCCCCCGCGCGCCUGCGCAGCCGCAGCAGUGGGUGAGCAGCCAGGUGCUGCUGUGCCGCAGGUGCAGCCACCACCAGACCACCAAGAUCAAGCAGCUGGCCGCCUUCGCGCCGCGGGACGAGGGCAGGUACGACGAAGAGAUCGAGGUGUACCGCCACCACCUGGAGCAGAUGUACAAGCUGUGUCGGCCGUGCCAGGCGGCUGUCGAGUACUACAUCAAGCACCAGAACCGCCAGCUGCGCGCCCUGCUGCUCAGCCACCAGUUCCGGCGCCGGGAGGCAGACCAGAGCCACACGCAGAGCUGCUCGUCGGCGGCGAAGGCCCCAGUCCAGGUCAUCGUGCUCCGCGCCCUCGCCUUCCUGGCCUGUACCUUCCUGCUGACCCUCGCGCUCUAUGGCACCAGCAACCCCUUUGCCCCACAGGCCACCCUGCCUCCAGCCCUGCCGCCCGGUGGCAACGGCUCAGCCGCACCCGACAACAGCAGCGCCCCCGGGCCGGAGGGUUGGCAGCAGCUGCUGGGCCUGCUGCCCGAGCACGCGGCCGAGAAGCUACGGGAGGCCUGGGCCUUCGGGCAGAGCCACCAGAUGGGCGUCGUGGCCCUGGGCCUGCUCACCUGCCUGCUGGCCAUGCUGCUGGCCGGCCGCCUCAGGCUCCGGAGGAUCGACGCCUUCUCUACCUGCCUGUGGGCCCUGCUGCUGGGGCUGCACCUCACCGAGCAGUACCUGCAGGCUGCCUCGCCCGGCUGGCUGGACACGCUCAAGUUCAGCACCACGUCCCUGUGCUGCCUGGUGGGCUUCACGGCAGCCGUGGCCACAAGGAAGGCGACAGGCCCACGGAGGUUCCGGCCCCGAAGGUGUUCCCCACGCGUCGCGGCCGGCCUCUGCCCCACGAGCCCCAGCCUGGCGGUGUCCUGCCCGGGCGCGGGCCCCUCGCCGUCGCUGUUCAUCCCCACCCCGCCCGGCUUCCUGCCGCUCGCCAGCCAGCAGCUGUUCCGGUCUCCGCGCCGGGCCUCGCCCUCCUCGCUGCCGGGCCGCCUCAGCCGGGCCCUCUCGCUGGGAACCAUACCCUCCCUGACGCGGGCAGACUCGGGGUAUCUGUUCAGCGGGAGCCGCCCCCCAUCUCAGGUGUCUCGAUCCGGAGAGGCUCCUGUUCCAGGCCCCUCAUCAGCCCGGCCCGGCUCAACCUGCAGGGGCAGAAGCUGCUGCUGUUCCCGUCACCCCCCGGGGAGGCCCCCAGCACGCCCAGCAGCUCCGACGAGCACUCACCCCGCAACGGCAGCCUCUUCCCCCUCGAGCCGCCCCAGGCCCCGCAGAGAUCGCCGGCGCAGGACACGAAGCUCAACAUGGCGUCAGAAGAUUUGGCCACAGUGGGCCUGGAUACUGGCCAGACAGGUGGAAGGACAGGCUGACAUCCCACGUCCCAGCCUUGGCCACCCCCCUGCCCCACCUCCUGAAGCCUCGCUUGUGGCCAUCAUCUGCCAGAGCCUGCUGGGCACAGAGUUCGCUGCUCCUGGUCCAAACCAGCUCCCCUCGCGGCAGCUACGCAGCCGGGUUAUGAACGAGGACCUGGCCUCCCAUUGCCCAGGACAUGAGGUCGGGGCCAGAAAGAGGCAGUGCCUGCAGCAGCCGGUCCAUCAAGAAAGAGGACGACUCAUCCCAGUCGUCCACCUGUGUAGUGGACACCACCACCCAAGGGUGCACAGAGGGGGCCACCACCUGGAGAGGUCGUUUCGGGCCCUCCCUGGUCCGGGGCCUCUUGGCUGUGAGCUUGGCUGCCAACGUGCUCUUCACCUCGGCCUACCUGUACCAGGUCCUGCGCUGAGCUGCGCCCGCAGCCUCCAGGUCCCUGAGGGGCUCAGGGGUGCCCCGGAGCAUGCUGCUCCCACCAAUGCCGGCCUCGGAGCCCUCCCCGGGGCGCUGCCUCUGUCGUCCUCUCCAGGGCCCGUGACCCCCUGGGCCCGUCCUGUCCUCGGGAUCCCCUCCUCACCUAACAGACCGCGGGGCUGAGCGUGGGCAGGGCUGAGCAUGGGCCGUGAGAUCACUCUCUCCCUGCCCGUCUCCUCGGCCGACGUCACUUGUGUUUGGUGCUGACCCUGAUCCCGAAGCCAGGGAUCCCCAAGGGGCUGCGGGACCCUGGGGUCCCCUCCCGCACUGCCCAGCCCGCCCGGGCCACUACUACUGUAACUGCCCAGGAGCCGGCUGCCCCCCAACCCUGUGCUGCGGGCCAGGACCACCUCUCUGUACUGUACUCUGGUCCCACGCCGCCACCUCAGGUUCCCUGGGGGAGGAGCAAGGGACGGUCCCUGUAUCACUCACCCUCAGUCCUGCCUGGGGAAGAACAGAGCCCUUGGGCAGGCCCCCUUGAGGACGGGCCUCCCCUGCCCCCGUCUCGCCCUGUCCUAUCAGUUCAAAGUCUGGCCUGGCCUCUGACUCUCCUGGCUGGGGAGGUGGGGGCCUGGGGUCCCCAGCCCAGGGCCCCUCAAGUUCUAGUGUAAGCACUUCUCCUCCCCGUCCCCCUGCCAGCCUCCCUGCUGCCCUCGUGUGCCCCCAUUUUGUUACCUCCAGGGACCUGCCCAGGCCUGCACUUCUGGGGCCCUCCUCCGUGCGUGGGGCUCCCACAAGGGCCUCACUAGAGCCCUCCGCCUGCAUUGCCGUGCAGGACAGGCCCGGGGCAGCCUGCAGGUCUCCAAGGAGACCGAACCCGACACCCUGCCCUGCCACCAACCUGGCCCCUUUUGGUCCCCCAGGACCCUCCUUCCUUCCUCCCUUUCGUUGUGCUGUCACCGUGGGCUCAGUGUGACCUCGGUCUCCAGGCCACCUCGGCUGGCUUUCUCUCUCACCCCACUCCCCAGGCCCUGCCACUGCCCUGCCUACUGCUCCCACGGAUUUGCCCCCUGCGACCCUCCGCCUCUGUGCCAGGGGUCCCUUCCUGCCCCUGAGCAGAGGAGGGAAGGCCCUUGGUCUGGCACAGGGACCACCCCCACCCAGUGCUGUGAGGACUGAGUGUGCGUGUGCAUGUGGCCCUCAGAUUUCCCCCACCCCGUCCCCACUGCCCUGGGCCUCAGACACAGGCAGGCAAGCAAGUGCGUGUGUGUCUUGCACGUGCCUGUGCCCCUCGGGGAGGGACUGGUGGCCUCGGGGAAUUCUGAGACUUGCCCGUAGGGGAGGUGGAGGGGAGCAUUGGCGAGGACAGGAGGAAGGGUCUUUAUCAUUCAGGGAUAAAGUUUAAUUUUAUUUUUCUACACAUUUUUGCCAGGUAAGGCAUUCUGCUGCUCAGCGGGAUGCCCCCAGUUCUCCCUACCAGGGAGGUUUCGUUUUUUUAAGCCUUGGGUGCUUUUUUAGUAAUUUUUUUUACCAUGUGGGGAAGGAGUUGCUCUGACCUCCCCCUCUCUCCUCUUCCCCCCGCUCCUGUCCCGAGAGCUGUUUCCUGCCCUGCCUCCCCGCCAGCACACGGGGCGUGGGGGGCCGGGGGCCGCACCGGGACCCCAAGUCCGACUGCCAGGGCUGAUCCCAACGCACAGGUGGUGCUGUUUGGCCCCUGUUUGUGGAGCGGGCACGUGUGUCAAGUUUUUUAAUUUUAUUUUUGCCUAACAAAGCCAAACUCCACUCCCGAGUACCCUUCCUCUGGCUCUGAGGAAGCCCCCAACACAGAGCGCCCGCCCCCUCCUCUCGGCCCCUCCUGCCCGAGACCCGAGGUCCCAGCACCCCGCAGGGGCAGGGGAGAGGCAGGGUGGGGAAGGGGGCUUGCUUACGUUUCUUUCAGGCAAAAAACACAACCUUAUUUUUCUUUAUAAAAGCAAAAAAGGAAACCAAAAAAGAUACCAACCUUUGAACUAUA